GAAGGCCUUGCGCUCAAGGGGCUUCGUAAAGGCGUCAGCGAGGUUGGCGUGAGAUGGAACGUAGGGAAUAGUGAGCUGAUUACUUUCGACAUAUUCACGGAUGAGGUGGUAGCGCACAUCGACAUGUUUGACUUUAGAGUGGAAGGUGGGGUCGUGAGACAGCCGAAUCCCACCAGUGUUAUCGCUGUAGAGAGGGGUGCCGUCAGUAGAGACAGCUGGCGCGUCCUGGAGACGAAAUUGAGCGACGACCUUAUCGAUGAGGGCAGUUUGCGAAAGAGCGAGGUGGCGACGAAGGCGAUCACGCUCGAUGGCAAUACCGACGCAGAAGGAAGCCUCCCCGAGAUCAGAGAUGAGCCAUUUUGUGCGCAGUUCGUCUUUGAACCGAGAGACAGCGGUAGAAGAGCUCCCGGGGAAUACCUGAAAGCGGGGGGCGUUCGACUAGAUCUCACCGAAGCGAUGGGCAGGCUGUGCGCGUUGGUCCGUGCGCAGCUGGUCCGUGCGCAGCAUGCUGACGCGGCCCCGGGGGCCGUAGAUAACGAUGCGUCCAUAUCAGGCAGGUAG